AUGGUGAGGAAGACGGUGGCGAAGAAGGCUGGGGUGAGGAUGGCCGUGGUAAGUGUAGCUGUGGCGAGGAAGGCCGUGGAGAGGAUAGCCAUGGUGAGGAAGGCCCAACGGGCUAACCCCCCCCCGCGGCCCGGCCCGGCGCGGCAGGGGUUAACCGCGACCUCCUUGGGCACCGAGAGGGGCGGCGAGAGCGCCCCCGGGGGCGGAGCCGCUCUGGCCUGCGCGGGGAGGAGUGGGGAAGAGAGCGGAGAAGAGGAGAGGGGCGGCGCCGGAAGCGGAAGUGGGCGCGGGAGCGGCGGCGGUGCUGGGCCGGUGGGGCCGGGCCGGGCCGCAGCCGCCGAGCGCGGCGCGGAGGGACGCGGAGGGACGGUGAGCACAGCGGGGCCGCCCCGGCCCGGCCCGGGGAAGGCCCUGGAGGGGCCCCGUGUCCCGGUGCGGGCAGCCCUCGGGAGGCGGUGCGUGGGCCCUGAGCUCUCCGGUUCCCGUCCUUCGGGACCCUCCCUCACCCUGCCUCCCCCGCCAAACGGCUACCGCUGGUUACGCGGCAGCGGGCCGGGGCGGUGGAACCGGUUUGUAGCCGGGUUGUUGUAG